CUAGUUUGUUUUACAGCCAUUAAGUAAGCCGUGUUAAAAAAUUAAUUUACUUAUCUUUUCCACUAUCCCUAUUUCUUACUCCAUGGACGAAUUAACUCCUUUCCAUCCUAAAAUCAUGAGUAAAACAAGGACGGCAGGAGAUGGCAUGGAAUCGGACGAAAUUGCCACAGAGGCAGUGCCAAAAGCUACGGGGAGGCCUACCAUUCGAACUGGGAGCAAAGAGACCCUUCUCCCAGGCCGACUUAUCCAGGUUUACCCCACCAGUGUUGUUAGAGCAGAAAAGAAACGGCAACUUAAUACCAAAAGCCCCAAAUUUGUUCCUUAUGAGCCUUACCCAGCGGCUGUGAAGCCAAUAGUGCCUCAAACAGUUUCCAAGUCUAAGAAAUCCAAGAAUAACAUGGACAUCAAUGUACUUAUAUCCCAGAUGUCGCAAAUGGACACAAAAUUGAAUGAGUUUAAGCCGAGACCAAAGUUGACAUCCUCCAGUUCAGUAGAUCCUGCAGCAGCGGAUCCUGACAAACAUAACCCGGAGAAAGCUGAAAUGCAGGCUACUAUUGACAAACUGAUGGAACAGAAUGAGUCUUUAAAGGAGCAGCUGAAACAGCAAGUUCAGGUGAACAAAGAAUUAAAAACAAUGCUCGUGGCAUCCAUGGGUGAGGAUUUAGAGAUCCAAGUGCAGUCACUCAAUGAGGACAAGAAGCAUUUGGCCGAUGCCUUGCUGAACUCUGCUCAGCACUUGUCAACCCAUCAAGAGCAAACAGAAUGGUUAGCAGGUCAAUGUGAAGUAUGGAGAAGCAAAUUUCUUGCUAGCAGCCUGAUGGUGGAAGAGCUAGCAAACUGGAAGAAAGUUCUCAACGAAAAAACCGUAAAUUUACAACAAGCAAUAAAGCAAUUGCUAGACGAGAGGUGCAGGACCAGAGACAUGAUGUUAUGCACCUAUAAAAACCUUUACAGCCUCCACGAGAAGUGGCUCGAGAACAUCGCCAUAUCAGAAUAUGUGGGCAACAAUAAAGUAUACAACCAACCAAUUGGGAAUCUUAACUUGAACGCUACAAUACCACACUCUUCAAAUAUAAUCGAUUUAGCGCUGGUCAAUUUGAAAUUAUCAGAGAAUGUUAGCAGUUCUAAUGACAAGCCGGAUAUCAGCUAUCUCGAUAAUUUACCGGUUGAGACGGAUGGCGAGAAACAUGCUGAGAAUAUAAUGGCCAUGCCUCUAGAAGUAAAUAAGGUGAGCGAAGAACCUGUGAACGCGUUGGUGCACCACGCGUACAAUAGCAGCAGCAGCACUCCAAGACCUAUAGCCUCGUGUGUGCACUGCAACGGCAAGGUGCAGUUGCUGUAAGCAGUGGCGUAACUAGGCGUG